GCUUAUGCUCGCGGCUGAGAGGGGACAUGUCGAGGCAGUUGAGGUUUUGCUUUCUACAGGUCGAGUGCAAACUGAUUUCGACUUGGCAAAGAUGAAUCGGCCGUCUAUCUUUGCACCAUCGAAGUUGAAUGAGGAUGCUAUGAGGGUGAUCGAUGAUUAUAAGAGCCGACAUCGAGGUGGCUCCUCGCUGGAUUCUUAAUAUCUGAAAACUUGAAGGUAGACAAGGCGAUUGUCUGUCCUCAGUCUCGAUACUUUGAUGCCCCCUUCAACGGGAAAUUUCAGGAAAGCUACCAGAAAUUUAUUGAUAUCGCUG